ACUCCCGAAUCAACGAUUUAUAUAACUGCAACGCUUGUCUUUUACUCAUUUUCAACUUUUUCCGAAAACGAGUCAAUCGAACAUAACCUAAAAAAAAUGAGGUUAUGCCAAUUGACGUUUGACUUAACCCCAAAAAAUGCGUUAGCUUGUUGUGAAAAGUUGAAAAGACGCGUUUUCGCCAUGUCGGACGCUUGGGAAGAGAUCCAGGCCAUCAAAAGCAAGCGCAACAUCCUCCGCGAGCGGCUAGAAAAGCGCAAAAAGGAGCGCCAGGACAUCCUCGGUUCGAGUCUCAACUCGUCGCCCGUGCACCUGUCCGACAGCCCCCAUGCAGCGACCGGGAACAGCGAAGAGGCGAAAAGGCCCGAGGAGGGCGAAAUCGACUUGGUCAAAAUCGACCCAGAGUUGGAGAAAGAGCUGUUGAAGGCUCUGAGCGAAGUCACCCUCCAGGUCCCCACGACGUCCACCGAACUGGUGGAUUCGUUGAAACUGACUCUGAAACGACACGCCUCACAUAAGGAAGUUUGUAAUCUGUUACAAAAAUUCUCAACCCAGAAGUUGAUCGCCAUCAAGGAUGGCGUCAAAGAGGGGAAGAACGUGGUAGAGGUGACUUUUAUAGAUGUGACCAAAGUGAACGCAAUGAUUGCUGAGUUUUUACCAGAGAAGAGUGGUAACGACGUGAGGGAAACCCUGAAACGGAAGAGGUGUGACUCUGAGAAGACUGAAGAUGAAGAGAAGAGAAAAAAGGAGAAGAAAGAACCCAAAGCUGAUAUAAUGUCGUUGUUAUCAAUGCCCUCAACGAAGGAGAAAGAAAGUAAAAAACUGGGGGAAGAAAUUCUAGAUUUGUUGAGUAAACCAACAGCUAAGGAGCGUUCGUUGGCCGAGCGAUUCAGGUCUCAGGGGGGCAAACAACUGAUGGAGUUUUGCCCCCAUGGAACUCGGGCUGAUUGCGAGCGAAACGGCAUAACAGAAUGCAAAAAAUUACAUUUCAAAAAAAUCAUCCAAAAGCACACAGAUGAAGCUUUAGGCGAUUGUUCCUUCCUCAAUACAUGUUUCCACAUGGACACUUGCAAAUAUGUGCAUUAUGAAGUCGAUCGGUGUGGCCAAACCGAGGGCGUAGCCCCUGCAACAACCGCCAUUUCAGUAGCCCCAAAAGAGAGCACAACUCUGUACCCCCCACAAUGGGUCCAGUGCGAUCUACGCUAUCUAGAUAUGACUGUUUUAGGAAAAUUUGCUGUGAUUAUGGCCGACCCCCCUUGGGACAUCCACAUGGAGCUCCCGUACGGGACAAUGUCAGACGACGAGAUGCGACAGUUGGGGAUCCCCCAGCUCCAAGACGAGGGCCUGAUCUUCCUCUGGGUGACAGGCCGGGCCAUGGAAUUGGGGCGCGAGUGUUUGCAAUUGUGGGGCUACGAACGCGUGGAUGAGAUAAUUUGGGUUAAAACGAACCAAUUGCAGCGUAUCAUCAGAACGGGGCGCACGGGGCAUUGGUUGAACCAUGGCAAAGAGCAUUGUCUUGUCGGGAUGAAAGGCAACCCCCAGAACCUCAACAGGGGGCUAGACUCUGACGUGAUUGUGGCCGAAGUCCGCGCGACGAGUCACAAACCUGAUGAAAUCUACGGAAUGAUCGAGAGACUCUCACCCGGGACGCGGAAAAUAGAGCUGUUCGGGCGCCCCCAUAACAUUCAACCCAAUUGGAUCACAUUGGGCAACCAAGUGGACGGGAUUAAACUAGUCGAUGCUGAAUUAAUCGAGAAUUUCAAAAAACGGUAUCCGACGGGGAAUUGCAUGGGGCCCCCCAGUGACACGAACCACUAAUGAUUAUUUUGUUUAUGUUUUGGUGGAGUGUUUGCGACUUUUUACCUUAUUGACGUUUAGUUUAGUGACUUUAAUUGCGUGCAGUUGAUGACAACAAUCAGCUGAUUUUGACAGAUGUCAGAAUUGACAAAAUGGCGAUUGGAAGUUUUACGAGUUUUUAGACAAAGGAACGUUCGAUUUAAGAGAAAAAGAAUAAACGGUUUUGAUUUGUUA